UAACGCGCUUCGCACCGCAAGGGAGGAAGUUUAAAAACUUGUACAGGAAGCUUUUUGCAAAGUGAAAGCCCUCCUUCCUCCCUUGACCGAGGACGCGCCGCCCAGCAGGGAAACUCCGCGGCUGCUCAAGCGUUUCCGCAUCGCUCCAAAAUGGAAGCUGAAACUCGGGUCGAGAAGCGAUGAGAAACAAAACCAAAACCUAGACGAGGCGAGAGAUGGGAUUGGCUGGAUCCUCACCCUCGGCCCGGCGUUGCUGGGACUCCCUCGCCGACUCCAGCGGUUCGUUAUCCACGUAACGGCCUGCCUCAUCGCCGGAACGGAGACGUGGCCCCGCGGCCGGUGGUUGUGAUCUCCCGCCAUGAUGAGCAGUGGCAGGACCCUGGAUGAAUUUGCCGUCUCCGAGGAAGUGCGGGAGUUGGUGACCCAGCAGCGCCCCAGGAUCGAGCAGCUCUUUGGGGUGGAGCUGAAUGUUCUGGGGGUCCUGGGGUCGGCACAGAGCCCCAGCGAGGACCUCCAGGGAGAGAGGAAGAUCUGGCUGCAGCUGCAGGGAUGCAGAGAGAAUUUGCAGAGGGCAAAGGAAUACAUCAAAGGUCUCUGUGCGCCGGAGCUGAGUGAAGAGGUUUACUACCCCAAAGACAUGCAGUGCAUAUUUCUGGGAGCCCAGGGGUUGUUCCUAGACUGCCUCACCCAAGGGACAUCUGCCAACCUUACUUUCCUUCGCCCUGGCACUCUGCUAGUCUCGGGAUUGGCUGAAUCCUUCGUCAUGGCGCAGAGCCGGAUCCAGGAGUUUGUGGGAAAGCACCAGAAGAACCUCAGGCUGCCCGAUGAACAGGAGACCCAAGUCAAGCGGGCCUUCCUGGAGCUGGUGGAAACCUACAAUGACAAACACGCUAUGGACCUUUUGAUCCUUCCCACCUCGGUCAAGGAGGAGUUGCUCAGUUUGGUGAAGGAGAUUCAGGAAGAAGAUGGGGAGCACAGGCGAAGCAACGGAUGUUGGGCACCAAGCCUCGGGCAAGACCAUUUGGUGGGCUGGGAAACUAACAUGGGUGGCGGCGGCAGGCCUCAGUCUCCGAGUAAAAAUACCUUUGGCUUGCCCAUGGGGCUCAGUAGAGUCCGAGAACAGAGUAGAACUGGAGACUCUACCAUUGAUUUGCCUGCAGGCUUUGCUAGGCCUGAAGCAUCUCCUCACAAGUCCCCACAAGAAGCUACACAACCGCAGUACUCUGUCAGGCCUCGAGAUGUUAGGACUGACUUGCCUGUCGCGGUUGGUAGGCCUCAAGACCAAACUCUACCUCAGGUGUCAAGGGUUGACUUCCCCAGAGGCUUUGGUGAGACUGAAUUCCCCAGUAGGCCUCAGCCCAACCUGUCUUGCUUGAAUGGCCCUCAGGGUUGGCCUGAGGUGACAACCCCCACGAGGCCAGCACUUCCCAAGAGUUCCCCUAAACCUAUUCCAAAUGCACAGGCUCGGUUUCUUCCUGGUUACGGAGGCCAAGCUGACUCUUUGCAGGAUCAUCACGAGGGGAAGGAUGUUCUUUGUGCAAGGGACUCGAGCCCUGCCAGCUUGCCUGAGGAAACUAGUGAAGAGGAGCCAUCGUCAGAUGUCCUGUUGUCAUCGUGGACGGAGAAGGAGUUCAAAAUGAGGCUGAACUUCUUUAAAACCAUGGGCUAUGAGGAACGGGUGGUCAAGAAGAUACUCUUGGAGGGUGGGGUACGUGAGGCACCUUCAACUAUUCUGGACAGGGUCCAGAUGGCAGAGGCGUCCCAGAAAGAAGGGGUCGUCCUCCCUCAGACGGAGCCUGGGGGAAGAGAGCACUCUCUUUCCCCACCAGAAAAGGACCAGGAUGAAAACGAGUAUCUCCGGGAACUCAUCAAAGCAGCUGCAGCCAACUGUGGCCACUCGCCAAGCGAGAUCCCCACACAGAUACAGACAGGAGCCCCAUUGGCAGGUCUGCUGAGGCGGCUCAAUGAGAAGGGGGAACACCAAGAGGAGGCUGAGGGUGUGAUGGGGGCCUCAGCAGCAAAGCUAGAACAUGGAGGAUACCUUGGUGCUCGGAGGGCGGCCAUCUUGAAUCACAGGGAAUCUUCGCCUCAGAGGCCUCAGGAGAGAGGGGGGAACAGUGGGUCCCCUUUCCACGAGGGCGUCAGUUUGUCGCCAGUCAACCCAGAAGUUGCUGCUUUCUCUCCUUCCCCCAGUGGUCACCUGUUCUCGACGUCUGAUUCUGAGGGGAGCCAGUUGGCAGAAAACACCAGCUUAGGGCUCCCCUACCAAGGCUCUGUUCCUACAGUAACCGGAGCCCAGCGCUUUGAGGAGGCCCUCCAGACCGAGUUCAAGCUCAAGUUGGCCAACACGCCAGGGAAGAAGAACCUACGGAUGAUCAUCAUUGAUGGCAGCAAUGUGGCCAUGAUUCGAGUUGACAUGGUUCCUGCCAUUUUGAGUGCCAUCUUCUGUCCUCGUAGGCACGGUCUGAACCAGUUCUUCUCAUGUCGGGGCAUCGCUCUGGCUGUACAGUAUUUCUGGGACCGUGGGCACCGGGAGGUGACCGUCUUAGUACCUGCACAUCGGAUGGAAGAAGACUCGAAUGUGAGAGAGCAGCACUUUUUGAUUGAGUUACAGAACCUGAGCAUCCUCUCUGUCACGCCGUCACGCAAAAUAGAUGGGAAGGGCAUCGUGCCGUACGACGACAGGUUCAUGCUUAAACUAGCGGAACAGACCAACGGCGUCAUCGUCACCAACGACCAGUUCCGGGAUCUUGCGAAAGAAUCGAAGAAAUGGAUCAGAAUCAUUAAAGAAAGCCUUUUGCAGUACAUCUUCGUGGGGAAUAUUUUCAUGGUUCCUGAUGACCCCUUGGGACGAGACGGGCCCACCAUAGCAGAAUUCCUGAAGAAAACCCCCAGGACCAAGGCCCCAAACUGCCACUCCUUCGCUGGCCGGUCUGUGCCUGCGUCUGUCCCCGCGGGCCGAGCCUCGCAGACGGAGGUCCUUCAGCUUCGAGAUAGGAAGCCACCUGGAGGAUUGCUUGCGGAUCGAAGGAAGGGCCAUAAACAGAGCUCGCCGGAGAAGGAGCAGCUCCGGCCCAAGGACGAGACGGAGCGGCUGAGGGGAGACCUCCUGGAGAUCUUUGUGGGCCAAGACAAGAGGGUUGAUUUUGUGCUCAUGCGGGAGCCCUGCUGCCAUGACCUCAACAAGCUUUCGGAGGCGAUACUCAGCCUCAAUUUCUGAGCCAGAAAACUUUUGUUGUCUCCCAAGGGGGCUGUGCGUUUAUCCAUGCAGCUGCGUCCAGAAUGGGCUCGCCCUUGCUGGUAUGACUGGUUUUUAGUGCCAGCUGUCUGUCCCUGAGGGAUACAGAAGAACCUUUUGCUACCUAACACUGUGUGGUAGAUCAUUUCCCCUCAGAACUCUCUUAGUACGAAAAUCGCAGAGCCGUUGAUGGUUCUCCUCAUUAGCCAGUAGCAAUAAUUAUCAGUUCAAAAAGCACCUAACAUUAAGGUAACUCAGGGUUUAAGAUAACUGCGUGUCGGGUGGUAGUUGUGCUUACUGGAUAUUGUUGGACUCAUCCCUGACCAUUAGUUGUGCUGGUUGGGGCUGAUGGGAAUUGGGAGUCCAACAAAAUUGGGAAGGCACCAUGUCAGCAAGCCCAUAUGGCCAGCCGAAGCUACACAGAGCAAUAUGCCCCUGCCCUUCAACCUUCAUGGUUGGGCAAGUCUUCACUGUGAAUUUAAACUGAUUUAACUGUCAUGGCCUCCUCACACUACCACAGAAUUGUGGGAAAUGUUCCAUGAGGUAGAUUCCUGACAGGAUUCUGAAGCCUCCACACACUAUUACAUCACCCAGGGGUGUGUGGGAUUAAAAAAUAUAUAUAACAUGGCAGUUGUAUUAAUUCCAGACCAAUUUAAGAGAAGUUUUCAGAUGUCUUAGGGUUAGUCCAAGGACAGUUCCUAGGAAGGCCCGUGUACACCUUCCAAGUUACGGAAGAAAUCAUAAUACGAGAGGCAAGGGAACAUAUUCAUAAACUGGAACUGUUUUAGAUUAUGUCUUGGGGUGAAUGAAAUGCCUUUAUACAAUUUAAAGAAUCUGUCCCAUAAAUUGUUGAGCACACUUCCUAAAUUUUAAGACAGCAUAUAUGUGUGUGUGUGUGUGUGUGUGUGUGUGUGUGUGUGUGUAUAUAUAUAUAUAUAUAUAUAUAUACAUAUAUAUAUAUACAUAUAUAUACACACACACACACAUACACAUAUAUAUACACCCACACACCCACACCUGAGAUUUUAAUUUCUUAAAUUUAAACCCAACAUGUAGAUUAUAGUGUGCUCUUUCAG